ACAAAACUCAAGCCACCUAUUUAAAAAAGUUGUUUACUUUUUACCUCGUUUUAAAUAAUGAAAGUUUUAAGGAAGAAAAUAGAGUCUUGCCUGCUUAUAUUGAACAGGAAUAAUGGAAGAGAUCCAAAUUGGUUGAAUGAUCUUUGUGCCGUGCUAUUGGAAUACUCCACUUUGGUCCACAGUUCCUUGUGCUCUCAAAAGCAGAAUGAGUCCUCUGAGCUGGUUUGCCUCUGCCUCAGUCAGAUUAUGAUCUGCAUCCGCCAGGUGGAAAACACCAUGAAACUAGCAUGCGGCUCUUCAGUUUUAGCCAGUUAUCAGUACUUCCUGGAUCGCAUUCGGUGGUGCCUUAAACGCCUGUUGCACUUGUACACCGAAGGCUCCAAUGGGGAUUUAGGUGCUCAAGAACGUUCUUUUCUAAAGUUAAUGGAUGCAACUCUAGACACUUUGGCUCUGUUUACUUCCCAUAAUGAGGAAAACACUGAUCCUACUAACUUUUCUCAAUCGCCAAAUGAAGUCCUUCUCCUCAGCCAGAAAUUGCGCGCCAAUAUAGAUAUGAUCUUGGGUCAAGCCCUGGGAUUUGCCAAUGUUGCAUUGUCGCAAGACAAAAGGGCACUAAGUGCCUUGUGUCAAAAGGUAAUUGGCGAAUGCAAUACUUUCCAAGAGGAGUCUAAGGUGCCCAGUGCCUCCUACAAGUCAAUUCUUAAGCUGAGGGCCAUGACUUUGGAACAGGCGUUGUACCAAUUAGAGGACUUCAUUAACGACGCCCUACUGCGUUUGGUAUUCACUUGCUUCCUGGACUUUGACAAGUUUUCGGUGGAUAAAAUAAGAACCCUCUUGAGAAACAGCUCGGAAGAAGAUGCAAUGGCUGAUGAAUUUAUAGCUGACUUUGAUGUGAACAUCGAUCGGGCCACCCAGAUAGGCCUAUUCGCCACAUCCUUUGCACCAACCUUGAAAAUGAAAACCAUGAUGCGCAGCUGCCUUGCCUCCUUUGAGUCGCUCGACACUAGUUUGAUACCUUCUCUGCAGGCAAAUGGUUCCGACUUGCACUCGGACAUCCUGGAGCAGCACUUCAACGAGGAGGUGGCCAAGUUUAAGGCGGCGCUUCAGGAGAUCAUCGAUAGUCGCGCCCUUCUUGGGUGUUGCUUGGAGAUACUGACCUCAGGAAUUAGUGCCACCGAGAAGGUGUAUGAAAAGCAGAGAUUGGAGGACUUAAUCCAAAUUUCAUUGCUGCUAAUUGAACACUUUCAAUUAGAGGUCAACCGAAAGGUUCUGGCCGAAACGAAUAACCAAGUGGGAGAGGAGUACUACCAGCAAUUCAUCCGGAUAUUGCGCGAGUGCAAAGCCAUUCUGAUGUGCGCAUCUCAGGUGGAACAGCAGCGAAUCCUCAAGCGGUUUAAGAUCCUACGCACGAUCUUGCGCAAGCUGCACGGUUGCCUAGGAUUAGGCGAGCAAGAAGAUAACGCUCCUAAUCCACUGGUAAACCUUUUAGUUGAUGACAUAUCCAAUCAAAGAGGAGAUAGUGAAGACUUAGCCCAGUUCACUGGUAUUACAACUGCUCGAGGUAGCAGUAUUCUCUACGACACAGAGCGUAGAGGCAGAGUAACUAGAUUAAAGGACAAUAAUUUAGCCACAAAUACCUUAGACAUUAAAUCGGAAAAAGCCAAACAAAAUGGAAAUGGGCUGAGAAAAGAAGAAAGUUUACGAACUACCAUGUUUAAGCGCCAAAAUAUAGCUGAAAGUAGAAAGCUAUAUACCACGAUCAGCAAUCAGUCUACAGAUCUACAAAUCACAGAUAUACUUAACCAACUCACUGGAAUGUCAAAUGGAUACUUUGAAUGCUGAUGCAUUCUAAUUAUUUGUACAUAAUUUUAUAAUUUGUUAAAUUUUAAGUCAUAAUUAUAAUGACACGCAAUUUAAGAAUUCAAACUUAACGUAAAUCGACGUAAAUGUCAUAGGUCAGGAUAGGCAUACACACUAACAUGAAUGGUUUCGUGGUGGCGGAGAAUGUUGUAUCCGAAACAGUUUCGACUGUUGUAAAAGUAGAGCAAUAAGUUCAAUAAAAUACAUAGAAGCAA